CAUUUACCCGCUAGCAUGCGCAUAUGGCAUACCGACCCGACCUCUGUUGACUUGAGGCUCCUUACCCUCUUUCUUCGCUCUUCCAUCCAAAUCUCAGGCCUCUCUCGACAGGCCACCGCCAUCUCCUACCGGAUCAUCUCUCGCUCCUCUACUCCCUCAAACCCUAAUUUCUUUAAAAUGCCCACCACCACCACCACCACCACCAUACUCCUCCUCCUACUCCUCACUUCCACGACCUCAGCUCCAAUCCCAGGCCUAGACACCUUCCUUUCUCAGCAAUCGCGCGUAGACCCAAAAUCUACCAACGACUCCUUCCAAUCUGUACCUUCCUCGCUCAAAAAAUCUCUCUUUCUUUCCUCUCCUCAUCCUCACAUCCCUUCCCUCAUCUCCUCCCUUCUCUCCAUCUCACUCCCUCUUUCCCUUCAUAUCCGUCUCGUUGGCUCCUCUUUCGCUCCUGAUUCCUCCUCUCUCCUCACUUCCUUCCUCUCCACCGCACACACCUCCGACCACUUCCAUGUCAUCACCACCGAUCCUCCACCUCACCACCACUCCCACCGCCUCGCCAUCAAGCAUUCUCCCCACCUCGAUAUUUCCCACUCCGGCCCCUCCCUUUCCUCCCGUCUCUUCGAAGCCCUUAAAUCGGCAAUUUCUGCCACGCCUUCUUCGCUACGUUCUCCUCUCCUCUCCAUUCCUUAUGAUACUAUUGAUCAAAUCAUCAGGCAAGAAUUCGAUAAGGAAAAACCCGUUCAAGGGAUUUAUAUUUACUUGCUUUCUUUAGGUUCCCAAUCGAGAAAUUAUGCUUAUAGUUAUACACCUGGAGAUUCCUCUCCUGGAUUCACGAAAUGUUUGGGAACUAUCUGGACUGGGAAAGAGAGAUAUCUCUGGAUUGACCUCUCCGCUGGACCUGUGGAUUAUGGGCCUGCUUUAUCCGGAGAUGGGGUUUUGCCUAGAGGAGAAUUUCACCCUCUAGCGGCAAUGCACGGGGGACCCAAGUCACAAAAGGCGCUGCUUGCAGACUUGGCUUCUUUGAUUUGGAGUGCUUAUCAGGUUCUACUUGUGCCCUCCUUGAGAAUUCCUGUUCAUUUUGAGAGUUCUUUGAUAGUUGAGUUUAUACAUGUUUAUGGGUCUGAGGCUGAAAAGGAUUCAAGUGGAUUGGAUUGGAAAGCUAUUGAGAGGACCUUCAGGGAUGAGGUUGACGAGGGUGGGUUGUUGUUAGGAGACCAGUCUUUGGUAUUUAGGAAUUAUGGAAUUAGAUAUGCUGAUUGUCCGAUUUGCUCAUUUGCCAUUUCGAGGUCUAUUAAUUCGUACACUUCAAGGUUUUUGUUUGAUAACUAUACUUUGAUUGUGAGUGAGUAUUUGGACUCAAAAAGGUUGCAUCAAAUAUUGUCUGAUUCUGCUGAGGAGUUUAGGAGGAUGGCAGGAAUCCCUGAGGAGGAUUUUGGCAGAGUGCUUCCAGUUUAUGUGUUUGAUUUGGAUUAUAAUACAUUAUUGUUGCUUGAUCGGUAUCAUCAAUCAGUUGCUUUCAGAGAUAUGGUUAUUGCAGUGAGGACGAAGACUACUCAGACUGUGAGUGAUUAUAGCUGCAAUGGACGUCAUGUGUUUACGCAUACAAGAGAGAUUGAGCGACCGGUUGUUGGUUCAAUUCUACAGAGCAUGUGGGGAGUGUCACCAACACAUUUGUUAUGGAGUUCAAGGCAUAAUAAUACUUUGGUGGAUUAUACUUGGAGUGUUGGGCAGACACCAUUCGGGCCUUUCUCAGAGACUUCAUCACUUUCUUUUGUGCAGAGGGAUGCUGUAAGGAGAAAUGUACUUUUGACGUCACUGAAUUACAGCAUAACAAGUGCUAUUGAUGUCCUUGAGUCUAUAGCAGCACAUGGUGGUGACAGGAAUCUCCUUAAACAGAAUCAACAUGUUGAGUUUAUACAAAGAUGGAACUUGUUCAGGUACAAGCUGGACAAAGCAGUUUCAGCAAUGUCUCAUUUGGACUUUGAGAUGGCUUUAUAUUACUUGAGGUCCUCAGACCAUGAUCUGUAUGCCAUUCAUUCUCUUGUUUACCAUGCAUCCCAGGAAUUGGAGGCAUCACUGCUUUGUUUCAAGGAUCCACCAUUUCCCUGGGGCUCAGUUUCAAUGUCUGCAAUAGGGUUCUUUGCACUUUUUUAUGUUUAUGCCAAAAGAGACAAACUUUUUAGAAAUAAAAGAAAGCAGUUUUGAUGCCCUUUAGAGGAAUAGACAUUUGUAUCAUUUGAACGCUAUGCAACGUGUGUAUGUCUGUGAGGAAAAUCGCAAUUUCAAAAUUCUAGUGUUCAGUUUGCUUAGAA